AUGAAAGCAAGUCCUGUGCCAUCUCAAAAUUUGAACGAAAUUUGGACCGAAGAAAAUCCAAGAAUGAUAGUUGAAUCACAGAACACCUACAUGAACAAGGACGAAACCAUAACAAAAGAUAGAUUCCAAGAACCUAAUGACUCAGGAGAAGUUAAUUAUCCACUAGAAAAAGAAAACAUUCUGAAGAUCAUCACAGUUCGAAAGAUAGAACCGUCGAUGCCUAGCACACGAAUAUCAGCUAACAAAACCUCAGCUAGAGUCCUAGAAAAGAGAGCUCUGGAGUCCACAGGAUUGCCGCAGGAACAACAACGUACCACAGCUUCUGUGCCUGAAGGAACACUUGCAAUGCUGUCGAAGGAUCCAUCAAUGCUCAUCGCCAUUUAUGCCUUUGCAGGAGGAUUAGUAAUUGCUCUAAUCUUCUUACUAUGCUAUAUGAUCUACGCCAGAAGCAAACAAAGGCAAAGGCGAAAAAUGUAUGAUGAGCUGUACGAGAUGGCAUCAGAGAGAGAAAGCAGGGACAGGAGAGCAGCACGUCGCAAGAUACGGCGGAGUCGUCGGUUGAAGCAAAAACAGAAGAGUCGUGAGAGUGAAGAAGCGAAGGAGAAACCUCUCAAGGGCUCUUCAGAAGGAUCAAAAGAAGCGAUAAAAGGAUCUGGAGAAAAAGCCGUGCAGACAGUAGAUAAAACUGCACUAGAGAAGUCGGCUGAGGACAAAGCAAAAGAGAACGAGCAGGCUAUAGAAAAUGUUGAUGAGCUCAUAAAAGCUAUCAAGGAGAACAAAGUAGCGCUUGCUACUGCAGAAACAGGAAGAAUGGAGCAAUCGAAUUAA